UAAAAUUGUUUGAUCAGUCUUGUUGAGUGUGAGAAGUCUUUGUAGUUAAAUACAUUUUUAAUAUAACCAAUAUUUUCAAAAGAUUCUUGAUUGGGCCGUUACAUGUCAGAGAAGCAUGUGCAUUAGUCAUCAUCGUACCACUAUUGUACACAAAUAAAGGGAGAGCUCAUAGAUGGCAAAAGGGCAGACUUUCUCAUCACUUUGUCUUUAUUUGUUUCUGUAAUUUUCUUUCGGCGAUUACCUUGUGUUUAUGUACUUGCGAAGUUAUGUCUUACUUUCCAUAUUAAAUUUCCACAGCUGAAAACCACCAAGUGGUUUUUUGGUCAGAAUUGCUCCGUGUUACCCAACAAAAAAAGAGAAAACCAGUGACGAAACCCUACGAAGUAUUCAAUAAAAAAAUGGGAAGAGGAAAAACUGUCCUCAGAAGAAUUGACAAUUCAACAAGCAGGCAAGUGACUUUCUCAAAGCGCAGAAAUGGAUUGCUUAAGAAGGCCAAGGAGCUAUCAAUUCUUUGUGAUGCAGAAGUUGGAGUGAUCGUCAUCUCCAGUACUAAGAGGUUCUAUGAAUUUGCAAGCUCUAGCAUGAGAUCAAUAUUUGAACGAUACAACAAAGGGGAUGACGAACAUCAGCUGUUGAGUCCUACUUCUGAAGCCAAGUUCUGGCAAAGGGAAGCAGAAAGCUUAAGGCAACAGUUGAACUACUUGCAAGAAAGCCACAGGCAAUUGAUGGGAGAAGAACUUUCUGGUUUGAGUGUCAAAGAUCUGGAAAAUCUGGAAAGCCAAUUGGAAACAAGCUUGAAGUGUAUCCGGGCAAAAAAGGACCAAAUUUUAACUGAUGAAAUAAAAGAAGUAAACCACCAGGGAGUUAUUGUUCAUCAAGAAAAUAUGAAAUUGUUUAAAGAGAUAAACGCCCUGCGAAAAGAAAAUGCAGAAUUGCAAAAGAAGGUUUAUGGAGCAAAGGACAAAAAUGACAUAAAUAGAAGUUCUCAUGAACCACAUGAUCCCAGUAAUGGAUAUGACUUACAUAUACCUACUUGUCUCCAGCUAUGCCAACCACAGCAAAAAGACGGUGAAACACCGGAAAAAGCAGCAGAUCUAGGAUUACAACUACAAUAACAAAGCAAGCGGGAACAAGGUGUUUGGCGUAGCAGAUAGGAACCUUGGUGGGCAGUUGGGGGUUCGACGAUCCCACGCCCCUCUCCUCUCCCCUUAAGAUAUAUAUAUGAUGUUCUUUCCGUAUCCAGAAAAAAAAUGCAAGCAAAGACGACUGUGGAGAUGAUAGUCAAUUCCAUUAAUGACUUGGCCCAGAGUGACAAAAAUUAUUGUUUAUCAUCAACCUCCUGUGUGGAAGAUAGUGGAAAAGAGACAUUCAGCAUAAACACCAUCAGAUUUGGUAAGAUAAGAUACUCGAAAUAAACUUUUAGGAUUUCUCUGAUAUGAUCAACCACCCACUUUAUUUAUGUAA